AUGGUGUCGACGUUGACACCCUCAACUUCCAUACAGGAUGAAUGUGUUCGUGGGGAAGAUUUGGAGAACAUUCUUCAUAUAGAUCCUGAUUCUGUGUGUAUUCUUGAUUGUCGUGCUGGUGGCCCAGCUAUUAAAUACGCUAAUCGUGUUCGCUUACCGAAUGUGCUUUUUCGUCGUUUACAACAGGGUUCAUUAGCUUUAUCGAAUGUAUGCCCAAGAUUAUCCUAUCCAUCGAUUCGGGUUGUUCUCAUACCUGGGAUGGAAGUUAAUGAAACUGCUAUGUUGAAUGCCCUUUCUAAAGCUUUACGGAAAGAAUGUUUUAUGUUUGGAAUUCUUCUCGAACCUAUUGACUCACUGAUCAACAACUAUCCUUCUCUCUUCUGUGAUAAGAGCAAAGGUGGACAUGAAAAAUUCGCGAGUGAUGUUGGUUGUCUUAACCUGAAUUCUCUGAGAAUUGAGCCUGAAUCUCGAGCUGAUAAGCGCCAAAUAUUCCCAGUACAAAUCCUACCGCAUCUAUAUUUGGGAAACGCUGAAACAGCCAGGAAUAUGGAUUUAUUAGAAACAUAUGGAAUUCAUCACAUUAUAAAUGUUACAUCCAAUUUGCCGAAUGAAAUGGAAGAUGAUGAGCGAUUUAAUUACUUGCGAAUUUCUGUUGAUGACAAUAGUUCUCAUAACCUUAUCCAAUUCUUCCCAGAAGCCAUCCGUUUUAUCAACUCAGCUGAAAGUUCCGGUGACGCUUGUUUAGUACAUUGUCUUGCUGGAAUCUCUCGAAGUGUUACCGUCUGCUUAGCUUAUUUGAUGGCCACGAGAAGAUGUACAUUGGAAGAUGCUUAUGACGUAGUACUCAGAAGGAAUGCAGCGAUCGCCCCCAAUUUCCAUUUCAUGGGACAACUCACCGAUUAUGAACGUCAUCUCGGCCUGAAAAGUUCUGGUGUCGGGACAUACAAUUCGGGACCACCGCGAUCUCCUUCAUGUUCCGUGGAAGCAGCUGUAACUUCAGGGCUUCUCACUCCACCUCCUACAAGCUGUUCUGCGUCACCACAAAGUAGUGCUCAUUCGGCAAAAAGUUUUGAAUGA